GUCCACGGCAAAGAUGGCUCUGCUUCUGCUGAGCCUGGGGCUGAGCCUCAUCGCAGCCCAGGAGUUCGAUCCCCGCACCGUUAUGCAGAGGAACUACAAUAUGGCCAGGGUUUCGGGGGUCUGGUAUUCUAUUUUCAUGGCCUAAGAUGACCUGAAUCGGAUUAAAGAAAAUGGAGACCUGAGGGUCUUCAUCCAGAAUAUUGAACACUCGAAGAACGGCAGCCUAAAAUUUGAUUUCGAAUACAUGGUGCAGGGGGAGUGUGUGGCUGUGGUCGUGGUCUGCGAGAAGACAGAGAAGAAUGGGGAAUACUCCAUCAACUAUGAGGGCCAGAACACAGUGGCCGUCUCGGAGACUGACUACAGGCUGUUCAUCACCUUCCACCUCCAGAACUUCAGGAACGGGACCGAGACCCACACGCUGGCGCUCUAUGCACGGGUCCCACAGCUGGAACCCUCCUUCCUGAGCAGAUUUGAAGAAACCUGCAAAAAGUACGGACUUGGCUCACAAAAUAUCAUCAACUUGACCAACAAAGAUCCCUGCUACUCCAAGCAUUACAGGAGCCCGCCCAGGCCUCCCAUGCGUGAGCUGCAACUCGGAACGGGCAGGGGGCUGGAUGGGGAGAGCUUGGGGCCAACGUCAGAGGCUGGGGGGUCCCACCCCAGGAGGUGCCCACCCCUCCCCCUGGUCUGGGAACCGAACACAAGGUGCUUUGGUGAAAGAUGCUGUGAAAAGCAUCCUGGAGUCGGGGCAGUGAUGGGGCCUUCCACGGUGGUAAGGUCUGAGCAGGAAGUGAGAUGGGGCCCUGUGUGAGUCUCCAGGGGCUGAUGUCACCAUAUGCGGGUGACUAGGACAACCAGGAUUUACUUUCUCACAGCCUGGAGCCCGAGGUCUGAAACCCGAGGUCCGCAGGGCUGUGCUCCCUCCACCGGCUCCCGGGAAGGGUCCUUCCUGCCUCUUCCGGCUGCUGGGGGGUCCAGGCAUCCCUGGCUUGUGGCUGUCACUACAGCCUCUGCCUCUGUCUGUGUCUCCUCUUCUGUCUCUUCUAAGGACACUUGUCAUUGGAUUUAGGGCCCAUCUUCAUGCAGAAUGAUCUCCUGUCAAGACCUUAACUUCACACCUGCAAAGACCCUUUCCCAUCAGACGCCCUUCACAGGCUCCAGGCACUAGGAGAGGAGCAUGUCCUUUGAGGGACACCACUCAGGCCACCACAGGCUCCUUCUCCGAGAUGCCCCUCCCUUCUCAGAAAUGGUCCCAGCCCAGUAAAAACCCCCAGGGCCCCCUUCCCUUCCCAGAGCCUGAGCCUCCCAGAGAUAUGCCUCUGAAGGCACCUCUGCAUUUCUGCACGAGGGUUCCUGAGGGUAAAGGAGUGGAUGUACCUGUGGUGCGUGGUGGCCCCAAGAUGCGGGUGAGAUGAGAUGGCAACCGGCAACCAAGGCCCUACCCCUCCCCUCUCCGCCCCUCCCCUCCCUGACCUUCCCCUCCCUGUCCCUCCCCUCUCUGCCCCUCCCCUCCUGUCCCCUCCCUGGGCUCAGCCACUGCCUUUGGGGGAAGAUGAUCAACAAUGUCACAGCUGAGGCAGGUGCCUGCGCCCCCCUCCAUGUUUUGGUGAAUAAAAGGGAGGUACCAGCCAA